CGGGGGGCCAAUCGAGCAAGCAAAUCGUCACGACGCCGCCCAGGAACUCUGUCGCUGGUCCUUUCACUUCACUUGUACACUUUCUCGGCGGCCGGACAAGUCUUUGCUAUUGCACAGAGUGUUUGUCCUCGAGUCCGCGACGCAGUAUUGCUAUCCGUCCCCCCGCCAUUCGCACGCGGAAUAUCUCCGAUUUCCAUCCCGUCACCUGACACCCUCGCGCUUCCUCCCGACCACGCUGGACGCCGAAUUCGCCUGGACGAAGAGUCGGAGAGAUCCCUAGACUUAGGGAAGGCAUCGUUGUGUCGCAGUUGGAGCUGUGGGUUGCGGGAGCUCAGAACGUAGUCUAUUGUACGCCGGCGUCCAGCCUCGUCCGCGGCCGUCGUUCGAAUUUGCAGCGGACACGAGAAGGAAGCACAACAACCUUUGCAGCACACUACAGCUUCGCAAUCACCUCCCGCACACUUGGAGCAUGCAACCGGAGGCUCUCAAGCAAGAUUCGGAUGUUGAGACGCAGGCUGUGAAGCCGGAAGAUACCCCGACAAAAGACUCUCCGACAGCGCGGCCUUCAUCCAACGGAAAAGCCAACCCAGCGCAGAAUGGCACAACCAACGGCCAGAACCCGGCGCCGAAAACGGACAAGCCCAGGCCACAUGUCUGUGGCACAUGCGGCCGCUCCUUUGCCAGACUCGAGCAUCUGAAGCGCCACGAACGCUCACAUACCAAGGAAAAGCCGUUCGAGUGUCCCGAGUGUACGAGAUGCUUCGCCCGGCGAGAUCUGUUGCUGCGGCAUCAGCAGAAACUGCACAUGACCAACACCACCUCUUCGCGGCAGCGCAAUGGGAGGCGAGAGAGCGUCAGCGGUGCGUCCGUCACGAGCGGCAGAGUGCGGAAGAAUUCCAUCGCCACGAGCACCGUAGGAACUGGCGGAAUGAGUGGUGCUUCGGGCCACCGACCCCGGGCGAAUACCCUCGGCCACAUUGACCUGUCUAGCUUGUCAUUUUUGGACACCAAUCCGGCUCUCAGCAGAAUGAACGCUCUGGGAUUGACGAGCCAGUCGAUGGGCAUGGGCAUGAAUGGAUUCUCCGGCGUCCCCAACUUUGAUUUCAGAGGCAUGUCUCAUUCGCUCGGCAACGACGGCAACAUGGGCCUCCCGAAACUGGACACGCAGGCAAUCAAUAGCAUGGACGUGCCCGACGCUCUGCGCACAGCUCCUCCAUAUGCCUUUGGCGGCUUCGACAUUGACCAGCUCUUCAACAAUCAGGGCACGACUAUCAAUCCCGCGCAACUCCAUUUCGGUGGCUCGCUCUCCAAUCAACCUCAACUACCGCCUCUCGAGCCAUUCACCGUCCACUCGGCAAUGGACCCUUUAGCACAAGCAGACGACUUUGAGUGGAUGCGGAAUUGGAACAUGCAUUUGGCGCAGAACGGGAACGAGCAGGCCAUCGACGAGUCUUCGCCUUCUCGCAUGAGCAGUGGCGAUAGUCCGCAAGACGAGAAUAACGAAAGCUUAGCCAAUAGCGGCAUGAGUCUGGGAGGGUCGAAUAACUUCCAAUGGGCGAACCAGAGUCGGCAAGCCCGGCAGUCGAUUUCUGGCGGACUCCUGCAGCUCAAUCUCUCGGGUUCUGGCCUUGACAACCACCUCCUGACUACCAUUUCCCCCGAAACUUUACACGACCCGACUCCGACCAACGAUUCGUACUUGCGUCAGGCGAUGAUGCAGCAUCAGCACCAGCUACAGCAGCAAUCUCCCCCUGAAACCAUGCAAGCCCAGACGCCACUUCACUUUGCCCCAGCGCUCUCUACUCUGAGCUCCGACAGUCCAAGUAUCUCAUCCUCUUCCAUCGCCAGCGCCCGACACAGCUCGGUGACGUCCAUGUCGACGGAUUCCAUUACCGAUGCCACCCGCCAAGCUCUCCUCUUAGGCCUGUCCCAACCUUCCAUGUUUGGCUACAACCAGCGCAAGCACUCUCAGGCCAAAAUCAGCUCGCCCCUGUCUCCUGGCCGCAACUCCAUCCAAGCACCAAGCCUACCAGGUUCGGACGACAUUCGCCGAUAUGUGAAGGCUUUCGUCCAACACGCGCACCCGCACCUACCUUUCAUGCACAUCCCGACGCUAUCCUUCGAUUUGAAUGACUCUGCCUCUGGAGCCCCAGCACCGUCACCCAAACCGGGCUUGCAUCAAAGCGGCCUGCGCGGAGGGGCCGGAUGUCUGAUUUUAGGCAUGGCCGCGAUUGGCGCACUCUACGAAUACGACCAUCCCGCUUCCAAAGAACUGUUUGAUGCAUCAAGAAGAAUGCUUACCAUCUACUUGGAACGCCAGAAAGCCGAUCUGUCCGCUGCCAGGAGCAAUGUCAGCUCGCCGAGCGACUCGCCCCAUCCCACACCCUUGUGGCUUGUGCAGGCCAUGCUGUUGUGUGUCGUCUAUGGACAUCAGUGCGGCGACAAGGCUGCGGCAGAUAUUGCGAGCACACACUUUGCUGCGCUCGUCAGCUUGGCGCGCUCUGCAGAACUGACACAACCGCCCGUCCACACACCAGGAGGCGAGGCUCAUGGCUCCGCUGAUGUGCAUAUGCGUGACUCUAGCGUCGCUCCGACCGAAAGCGUCUCGAGACAACUCAGCGCAGACGGGGAUGUACAAAGCCAGUGGCUUGCGUGGAAAGGAGUGGAGGAGCGCAAGAGGACUUUGUUUGCCAUUUUCAUUCUGUCGAGCUUGCUCACAACGGCCUACAACCACACACCGACCAUCAUGAACUCCGAAAUCUUGCUCGACCUGCCCUGUGACGAGGAACUGUGGUCUGCGGACUCGGCACAGGAAUGGCAGAAUCGUGGCGGCCUGGUCACUGCCGAGCAGAAUGCGAUCUCAUUUGCCGGUGCGUUGAGCAUACUGUUGACAGCCAGCCAACGCCAGGGGAAUCAGCACGCCUCGAACAACAACCGUCGGGAGACUGGAGAGAGCAACGACUCUUCCAUCGACCACGACCUGCGGCCUAGCACCUUUGGCUGUCUCGUCUUGAUUAACGCCCUCCAUAACUACAUUUGGGAAACCCGCAGCCGGCACCCGCGCAGUCAGUGGACUCCGCAGGAGACGCAGUCCAUGUUUGCGCAUAUUGAGCCGGCCCUGAAUGCCUGGUCGGCCGCUUGGAGAGCCAACGAUCAGCACAAGCUCGAGCGACCAAAUCACUUCGCGGCCGGACCGCUUUCCGCCGACUGCAUUCCUCUACUUGAUCUGGCUUUUGUCCGACUCUUUGUGAAUCUCGACCAUUCCAAGGAAGCUUUCUGGCAGCGCGACUACGAUGCAAUGGCGGACGAGCUGGCGCGCGGAUCGGGAAUCGCACAGCAUGCCGACAUUGCCAACACAGCGGGCGACGUUAACGGGUCCGAUGUGAAGGCAAGCAACAACAACGGCAACAAGCGUCGCUCCCCCUCCCACGCAUCCGAUCAGUCAAGCUCGCGCCGCGAGCGCCACCUCCGCAAAGCCGCCUUCUACGCCGCAGACGCCCUCACCAUCGCCUGCAGCUGGAACCUCACGUACGCCGACAUGGCAGCGCACGAAUUGCCGGUGCAAUCCGCCAUGUGCUUCUUCGACUGCAGCCAGGUGCUGGCCGAGUGGGCGUCCACGGUGCAGGAGCGCGUUGGCAGCUACCUCGGCGUACUGGGGCGGGAUGCCGUCGACUACGCGCAGGUGCCGGCGGUGAUGAUGCUCGAGACGGAGGAUGUGGAGCUGUUGAACAAGAUUGAGCGGAUCUGCGAGAGCUUGGAGGCGAAGCGCUUCCAGGCGGAGAAUUUGUUGGCGCUGGAUUUGCACGGCUUGAAUAAUGCGGCGAAUAUGGCUGGGGCGGGGGCGAGUAAUGUCAAUAUCAGUGUGUGGGGAUAUGGGAGUAGGAUUUUGAGGGUGACGGCGAUGAUGCUGGAGAAGGCGGUUGUGUGGCCUGUGACGCAUGUCAUGGCCAAAGCCCUCGAGACGCAAGCCUCGCAUAUGGACCAGCGAGCCGAGUCGUCUGCGGGACUCCGCUGAACUGCUUUCCGUGCGACAGAAGGGCUCUGAUGACACCGAUGCCAAGUGGAGGAAGCUAUUUCGACACCUGUGGAUGACACGCUGCACACCUUCGACUUCUUCAUCUCUUGCGCCUUGGCCCUUUGAGGAUCACGGAUUUCUUUCGCUCACGACAUUGAUGUGGUGUCCUUUUUCCUUAAAAACUUGACGACGAAUGCGAAAAGAGAAAAUGGGUAGGGGGAAGGGGUGUCGAACGUUCCUUGAUGCUUCCCAACUGUUGAUGAAUGAUCCUGGCGCGUACGCAAAGGGAGGAUGAACUGGGUGAUUUUGGGGUGUUGAUAUCAUAGCUUGUCAUAGAUUUUUUUAUUCUCCAAAAUUGCGUCUGAUCUGUCG